GAAGCAAAGUGUAAAGACGAACAUUUUACAUAGACUCGCUAUUGAAUUUAAUUGUUUAAUUUCAUAGUGUGAGAUGUGUCAAUCAAUAGCAGAGUCUUAUGCCGGUAAAAGCAUUUUUAUCACUGGUUGUACAGGAUUCUUGGGGAAAGUACUCUUAGAGAAGAUACUCUACAGUUGUUCCGAUCUUAAAAAAGUCUACAUACUUCUUAGAGGGAAGCGGGGAUUGACGAUUCAAGAGCGUCUUAAGACUUUGCUGGAGCUGCCAGUAUUUUCAAGAGUUUAUAGAGAGAAAGCGAAAUUUUGUGACAAAAUAGAACCAGUAGUCGGUGUCGUAAGUCAGGACGGUCUUGGAAUCUCCCCAGAAGACAGAGUAACUCUUAUUAAUGAGGUAUCAUACGUAUUUCAUUCGGCUGCAUCGAUCAAGUUUACCGAGCCGCUACACGAUUUGCUCAACGUCAACGUCAAGGGUACUGAGAGGGUAUUAUCUUUAUGUAUGAAGAAGCUUGAGGUUAGCUGCGUGCACGCCUACAUACGACUACGCGUUAAAGUCCUCGUUCACGUUUCAACAGCGUAUUCCAAUACACAUAAAAUAUUUAUCGAAGAAAAAGUUUACCCAUCACCAAUCCCUCUGAGCAUGAUUGAUCAAUUGAUAAAAGAACAGCCAGAUGAAGAGAGAACUAAAAUAAUAAUAAAGGAUGAGCCAAACGCAUACACAUUCUCUAAGAAACUGGGAGAGGCUUUGUUGGCGGAAAAACAUGGUCAUGUUCCCGUUAUUAUUAUAAGACCUUCAAUAGUGAUUGCAAGUCUAUCAGAACCGCUUCCAGGGUGGAUAGAUAAUUGGAAUGGGGCAACUGGUUUAAUUGGAUCCAUCAGCAAAGGCAUCCUAAGAGUUCUCCCUGGGAACGAAGUCAACGUUUUGGAUCUUAUACCAGUUGACUAUGUCGUUAAUCUCAUAAUUGUAGCGGCUACAAAGAAAAUAUUGUCACAAAGUGUAAAUGUUUACGCUUGUGCUACAAGUACAGAGAAACCUUUGACGUUGAGGAACUUAAUAAAACUGAUCACAAUAAGUAGUAAAAUAAAUAAAUUUAAUGAGCUACCAUUUCCUGGAGCUUACUUUACAAACUCCAAAUUGUUACUGGUUUUCUUAUCGGCUAUCCUACAAACUUCUCCUUUAUCACUGGCUGACGCUUUGUUACGGAUGACAGGAAAAGACCCUAAAUACCGAAAAAUGCUGCGCAGAAUAGAACAAGUCCGCGAUAUAUUAAUUGAAAUCUUCACGUCCAACUCUUGGAAGUUCAGCACGAUGAAUAAAUACUGCCUCUACUCAUCUCUGUCACCGAGUGAUAAAAAAACUUUCCCAUUUAGUCCAUCAUUAAUAAAUUGGUCAGAGUAUAUUCCUAUAUACGUCGACGGAAUGAUAAAAUAUUUAUUUAAGAAAAAUCCGGUUUCUUAAAAUCAAAAAUCUCUGCGUAGA